GAGCAGAGUAACGGCGUACAAGCAGAAGAGUCGGAAGAUGAACAUGUUUCUCCAUCAAUGGGAUACUGCAUAUGGAACCAUUAAAUUUUUCCGAGAAUGACGAAAUACAUACUAAUGGAAUGUUGACAUUAUGUAUAUGCUAAGCAAAUGACAUUUUUAUAUGCUGUACAUGGAGUAGGAUCUCGAACGAUCCACGUUGCAUCGAUUAUACAUAUAUAUUGUGGAUUAUUCUGCCGAGCUCAUUUAGAGGGUUUUUACUUUGGCUUGCUGGAUUGAACCAUUUGGGAAGGCGCACAGCAGUUUUCUGCGUUGCUUCACUAAAUGCCGUGAAAUUAUUAAUUGGAAUAUGAUCACUUUUGCUAAAUAACGAAGAAAAGCCCGGUCUCCUAGUGCAAUUUACAGAAAGAACUGCGAAACAUCUGUAUCAACACUUAAGAGCGAUGUGAAGUAUGUUCUACGGAUCCCACUCAAAUUUCUUUUAGUGAUAUAUUUAAUAAGCUAUUCUCAUCGUUCCGGAUACUUGGGAAUAGUCGUCAUGCUCAACUGGCAACCAUUUCUUUGAUUUGACGUUUCCAUUUUGCAAAUGACUGUUGACUGUGCCUGGUCGUUCCGCUACAUUCAGUCCCGCCGCGCGCGCGCUCCCCUGUACAGUGGUAUAAUCGCUAAAGGUCAUUGGUGAGGGAAAAGAAUGGAAAUUUUUCAGCCACUGAUUUUCCUCACUAUCUGCAUAAACUGGAUGGAUUGUGCAUCCAGUAACAGACGCCAUAAACCCAAUACUGAAGCAGCUCAUGAAACUCUCCGGUUAUGUCCCAGAAAUUUGGAAAAUAUUGAUAGUGGCUACCGGCGUUGCCUGCGUCCAUGCAUCACAGAUGCGGACUGCAAAGGGCGCAAGAAAAAGUGCCUAUGCGAUGGAGACUGCGGCAUGAGUUGUAUAAAGCAAAACACGAAAUGCGCUCCGCUGGUUGAUCCUUUAAAUGGAAAAGUCCACACAACCGGCAUCGAGGCAUUCGGCGCCAAAGUUUUCUAUACAUGUCAACCUGAUUUCAAAUUAAAAGGACCAAGAUCUCGCUCUUGCCAAGGAGAUGCUACCUGGAGUGGUGAUAUGCCGAUAUGUCAACCAGACGUGAAGUGCGAAGAUCCACCGGAAGUCCCUCAUGCACAGCACAAUGCCGACUGGCGACACCAUACUUAUGAUCUCGACACAAUGAUCCAGUACACGUGCGAAAGCGGCUAUGCUAUCGAAGGGUUCGCGCGCGCCAAAUGCAUAUAUUUCAACGGCACGGCCAAAUGGUUCGGUCCUGAUUUGCGCUGCGUCCCACGGGAUUGUGGCCACCCGGCGGAUAUUGCCAACGGAUAUCGUGAAGGGGAUCUAUUCUAUUAUCCGCACCGGGUUAAGUUCCACUGCUAUCCGGGAUAUAACCUUAUUGGCAAGCCUAUACGCCACUGUCAGCGUAACGGGAAAUGGGACGGUGAGAAUCCACUUUGUAAAGCUGUGGAGUGUGCACGACCAGCCGACCCAUAUAAUGGAUUUGCCAUUAUCACCUCUUUGAAAUACGAGUCAACAGUGAUCUACACAUGCAAACCGGGAUAUCAGCUGGUCAAAAGUGAGGAAAGACGAUGUCUAGCUAAUCAGACUUGGAGUGGACCAGAGCCUAAAUGCGAAGUGAUUAACUGCGGUCCACCUCCGCCCAUUAAUAACGGAGGUUAUAACGGAUCUUCAACAACAUACAACUCAGUAAUAUUUUAUUUCUGCAAUAAGGGCAUGAAAUUCGGCGGGACAGCCAACUCUGCCAAGUGCCAAGCUGACGGAAAAUGGUCGCAUGCGCCACCAAAAUGCUACGCUUCCUGCAUCAUUCCGUAUAUUGAAAACGGUAACGCCAAUGGGUCUCCAGGGGAAUAUAUUAGUCACGGAGACGUACUAAAUGUGUCCUGCCUGUCGAAAUAUGAGCUGGCCUACAGCACAAUCUCUCCCAAGUGUUUCAACGGCAGCCUGCUGCAUAUUCCCACUUGUCAGCCGGCAAGCUGUAAAACACCUCCACCGAGUCCUCGUCAAGGCUUCGUCAUUGCUCCCAAAACAGAUCAUGGCAUGAAGGCGCGUUUUGCCUGUAACAAAGGCUACCGGAUUGUUGGCGGAGAUACAGUUAUGUGUGAUUAUGGAAACUGGACAGGAGAAGCGCCGAUCUGUCAAGAAGUGUACUGUCCAUGGCCUGGAAAAUUAGGCAACGGUACCGUUUAUCUGGUUGGAGCAAUGGGAUCCUAUGAAUAUUACAGCUACAUCAAAACAGUCGUGCAAGACCGGCAGAUACGCUAUGAAUGUAGCAAGGGCUAUUUUCUACACGGGGGUCCGGCUGGUGCGACUUGUAUUGAUGGUAGCUGGAGUCCGCGGGAAAUGCCGAAAUGUUAUCCAGGAUUACAUCCUCCACAGUCCUUAUUUGGCCCCCGCGUGAAACGUACCGUGCCGAAAGGAGUCCAACCGAUGUGGCGCAAUUUUCUUGUAGCACCUUGCAGCGGUCUGAUCUCGGAGAAUUUUGAGCAAAGUAACCUGCUACGCGACCCGGACGAUGCGGCUCAUUUCACCGCUGUCGUUCGAUGUCGCGCUGGAUUCACACCUAAUGUCCCCAACGGAGCCGCUGAUUGCCGAAAUGGCACGUGGAAACCACGUAAACCCGACUGCGUGCCACUUACUUGUAGAGUUCCGGAAACCAUGAACGGCCAGUUCGUGCUUCUGCCUGGAAACCAGACGGUUGCCGCAUGGACGGAGCUGGUCGACAGUGCUGUCAUAGAUUUCUCAUGCAUAGCAGGAUACAAGAUCACUGGUCCAGAACAACUCCAUUGCUCAGCGGGCCAGUUUGUUCCACCAACUAUUCCUGAAUGCAUUCCGGCAUCCUGUCAUCUCAGUGAUAUUGCUCAUGGCUCAUACAAUGGCGGCUAUCGGAGCGGGCUGCAAGUGUCGCACAACAGUAUUAUUGGCUUCCAUUGUGCCGAUGGAUAUCGCAAAUCACCCACCACCGUCGUGCGCUGCGAUCUGGGAAGGCUAACGCCCAGAGCACCGGAAUGUAUUGGUCAGUACCAAGAGGUGGCAGUUCCAGCAGCACUGGUAGAAAAUGCGGAAUGCGAAGCCGAUGGAAACAAAUACCGAAGCGGCAGCGAACUGGAAAUCCCCUGUUAUCCCAAAGGUCACUCGCUUCAUAACGUCACGCACCAACAUAAAAUCAUCAAGUGCUUAGAUGGAUUAUGGGUCGAACGAAAAAGCUUAUGUGAUGAAAAAAACGAAAAAAACAUCACCCGCGAUCCGGCAGGUUGUGCUAUUCCCGAUAGUAUUCCGCAUAUGUACGCAUACAACGGAAACCAGCGUAUCAAUCUCGGAAAGGUGAAUGCCGUGUUUCCCCGCGUUUUUGAUGAGAAGACAGAACUGCUGUUUCAUUGUGAGCAUUUGGGAAUUUUCCGGUUGUCGGGUCCGCCGCGAACGUCCUGCAUGGACGGGACGUGGAAUAAUGGAAUUCCCCAGUGCGAGAGUUUAAUUACCAAAGAGCCGCAACUUCAUGCAACACCGGCUAUACUGUACAGAAAGACAGCUGGGAUAAUUGGCAUAAGCAAAAAUGGCGAACUUAUUGUUUAUCCGAGUACGGAUGUCCAGUUCGACUGCUUAUGGAAACGGACUGAUGGAACGCCGAGCUGGAUGGUUUCGCAUCAAUUCCGAAUUUAUCCUAAAGGGUGGGCCACCGGCCCGGAAGACGACCGCGACAAACAGUACAGGCUGUCCAUCUACCACGCCGCCAAAGAUGAUUCCGGCAUCUUCACCUGCAUGACGCCGAAAGGGAACUCCAACAGCAUCUCCAUCAAGGUGCAGGUGGUGGAGUGCCCGCUGAUAGUUCCAUUUGUGUACAAACUGGUGGCUAAUACUUCAUCGACACGAAUGGGAACCCAUGCCAGUUUUAACUGCUCCCGAGGUUACCGCCUGGACGGCCCCUCGCAUCUCGAGUGCCUCCCAACCGGCAACUGGUCCAACAGGAUACCGACCUGUAUACCGAUUAUGUGUCCGAUGAUCACAACAACCGACCAAAAGUUAAGAAUUUACAGCACAUCAAAUGACAUCCAUAGUCUGGCUGAAUUCGCUUGCCCACCCGGCUACCGACUGCUAGGCUCUAGUGCAGCCAAGUGCAACGAAAACGGGAAAUGGACUAAUGAUUCGCCCACAUGUGAAGAAAUUUUAUGCCCUGAUCCACCAGCUCCAGAACACGGAUCAGUGAUAAAAGAAAACCGGCGAUACGCGGUGGGAAACGUUAUAGAAUACUCAUGCGAUUCCGGUUAUGCUCUAUUGGGCACCCACAUCGCGGUGUGCACCGACAGCGGACACUGGUCAGUCGAACCACAGUGCACACCGAGCUGCAAUUAUCCUGGUCACCUUUCUAAUGGCCGGAUAUCCGCUCCAUGGAUUCUGAAAUUCCACUAUAACAUUGGAGAGCAAAUUGGUUUUGAAUGCAGCACCCAGUUUGUAUUGAAUGGCAAUCAGAACAUAACAUGCCUUAGCGAUGGUCGAUGGUCUAGCGAAAUGCCCGUCUGUCUGCAAAAAAGCCAGUAGAAUGCUAACGAUGUAAACUUCUAUCGUAUCCUGUACGUAAAUGUGCCGAACGUUAAAAGUUAAAGUGCUGCGUAAAAUAAGACGAGUUCUAUUGAAAUACUUUGAACCUAUUUCUACCGUAUGCAAGGCUUGGAAGCAUUUUUGGUACAAGUACUCUUGCACGUGUUAUUUUAUUAAUAAAUGCACAAUCAAAAUUAUUAAUUUAAUUGGCCUGUAUUAUGGACUGA